AUGUCUGCAAACUCUGGGCGGUCUGCUCAAAGGCUGAAGGAGCAGAAUGAAAGGAUGCUGUCGGAGUUGGCUACUAUGAGGUACCGCCGUGUUGCUGUCGAUGUUCGAAACGUGCUGACAUCCUCGUUCCCUGGAAACGUCAGCAGGCCUCAAAGGUCCAACGGCAACUCCAAGGCACAUCCCGAUCCGUCGCACGGAAGCAUGCAUGAGUCUCCGUCCUUGGAUCAGCGAAGUUUCCACAUGCGGUCGCCUCGGUUUGCCGACCCCAACGUCAGCCCCAUCCCCAUGAAUGUGACCACCAGCCCUGCAGUAAUGAAGAACGUCGGGGAGAAGAGCACGGCGAGUGUGCUGGAUGUGAAGCAGAAAGUACGGCAGUUGCAAAGCAAGAAGCCUGUUGAAGCCCUGGAGUUCCUCGAGUCUUUGGAUCAGAACAUCAAGUGGAAGUGCUUUCUUGGAGUACCUCCUUCCCAGCGAGCGGCCAUCAUGCUCGAAAUGGAUGAGAGCGAUCGCAUGACUGCCCUUGACAUGCUGAGGCCGGAGGAGCGGAAGGUGAUCGAGAAAUUUCUGGAGAUGAAGAAGGGAACAGCAAAGUCCGGCCAGUCCUCCCGGCCGAAACGGACGACCAGUGCGAGUUCCUCCGAGAAACAGCGCAAGACUGAGAUCACCUCAUCGACGCCAGUGGAGAAGUUAAAGGUGCAGGCAGACGUUGUGAAUGACAGGAAGGUGGUGGGAGGGCAGCAAGACGGGAGCUCGCUGGAGAAGAGGCUGUUUGAGAAUGCGAGGACGAGCGACGCCGCGUCGAGUCGAGACGAGCGAGGGGAGGAUGAGAAGACUGAGGGAGUCAAUAGGAACGGAAACUUGUCGCAGGAUGCUGGAUAUUACAGCGAGGACGGAGUUAUGAUCUCUUCCUCGCCACUUCAGAGGCUGGGAGGUGAAUCCGCCGCCCAGCCUGUCUUCACGGCAUUCUCGAGCUCGAAACCGCCUCUGCCUCGCAAGCCUCCCUCUGUCACUGGGCAAGCUGACAAGUCCCGGCAAAACAGCGUGUUCGAGCCUUUUCGAGGCAUCGACCCCGAGGAGAUGGAAACGAUAUCACAGAAGCUUUCGGAUAUGCAGCAGCAAAUCAUCGAGAUCGAGAAGUUGGGGGAAGACAAGGAUGGAAGACGUGCUCCUUUCGGUUUCAAGCUGUCGCAAGAUCAGACCAAGGCUCUCAUCAGCCCGCCUCCUUUCAAACCGCUGCCCAUGCCUAGAGGCAACUCGAUCGACGGCUCCAGGCCCUCAACUCCAUCCCAGCUGUCUGUGGCGAAUCAGGCAGAGCUGUAUGCAGUCAUGGCAGACGGCAGCAACCAGGUUGAGGUAGGGGGGGCGAACUACCUGAGGAGCAAUAGCUCGGCCUCGAACCAUUCCGCCCACUCUCAGGUGGCCUCGGCCUCUCACGGCAAGAGCGCAGGGACGGGAUCGUUCUCGAUGGUCCCGAGCAUGAGCGACGUCAUGACCAUGUUUUCAAACGACCACAAGCUGCAGCGCAAGGGCCCUCCCUCUCUCCGCAGCUUGAAGAGGAGCGAGUCUUCGAACAGCUCGUACAUGUCUUCCAGGCUUUCCUCCUACGGACCAUACAAGCCGGAAGACGAGGGGAGUCACACCAUGAGCGAUGCAGUCAGGCCUCCCUCGCACAUCAGCUCGAGCAGCGCAUACUACAUGCGAAGUAGCCAAGAAAUCCCCCGUGAGCAGCGCGGCUCUCUGCUGUCCAGGUUCUUCUCCUGCGCUCCUUUCCUCGCCAUCUUCUUCCGUCCAAAGGCCCAGACCCACCAGCAGGUCACCCGCCUCCCCUCCUCACAGCCGUUUGUGCCUCGCGCGAAGAGAGAGCCGGCGCUGUCGUGCGUCCCAUCCUCCUUGGACGGGAGGGAGAGCAGAGAGUUCAGAGAUUCACUCGACCAGGCCUCCACCUGGCGCCAAGUCAACUCGCUGCAGCCCCAGCAGGGGCUGACGCGCAGCUUUGUACCACCCCAGCUGAACCCCAGUGACUCGAGGCUGAUCCGCAGCAUCAUCAUGUCGCACUCGAACGAGGUCACAGAGUCGAACAUGCAAGUGCUGGAGGCGACGAGUCAGCUCGCCAGGGAGGCGGAUGAGGAGAAGCUCAGCGCUGCUCCCCCGAUGUCCCGGGCCUCCACGACGAGCAAGGCAAGCUCCAGGAGCAAGGUUCAGGUGGUCGACGACAUGCCGCGGGAUGGCGCUAUGAACGGUGGAGACGCCGAGGGACGGGGCAGCCGUGCGAAGGUUGCGCAGGAUCCGUCGAGAGUAGCUGGGGCGUCGGGGCCUCAUCGUCUUGCCAUGGAGGAAGAGAUCGAACCUGCCAGCUCUCGCGCAAGACAGCAAGUGCCAGAACGAGCAGACGACCAUGUCCGUCGUGACAUCAUGAAGGCAACAGGACAGUUGAUAGUGAGCGAGAUCAACGACUCAGCCGUACUUGACGCCAAGGAGGACAGAGCGAACCUGUCGAUGGCGGGAGAAUGGAGAGUGAUUGAGGGGAGGACAGCAGGUGAAGCUGCCGUGGGGCUGGCAGAGACUCCCUACUACGGGAAGGAGGUCGAGAAGUACUGGGAGGAGGACUUGAGGAGGAGAAAGUACGAGGGGUUGAAGGACAAGUGGGACUACCGGGCCAGGACAUCCUCCUCCUCCGACGGCGUGAGCGCCGCCAGGGGAUCAAGCAGAUCGCCCGUGUCCUCACACCCGAUGGACUACAGGAGGAACAGCUACGAGCGGAAAUCGCCCGAGGGGGAGAGGGAGAUCAAUCGCCAGGGGAUAAAGGAGCUGAUCAAGAACGAGAUCAUAGCCAAUCGUUACCCCAGGACCAUGUCUGCAAUGUGUCCUAAGAUUGAAUGGAACUUGAAACAUGUGGAUGGGGACAGUAGGAAGAUCAUGAGAUGA